AAAAUUUGCUGAAAAUCUCAUUUUUUGCACUAAACAAUUUGAAUUUUCAGAUUUUUCACCUGAAAUUUUGAAAAAAUGAGCAAAAAACCAGAGAAAAAUUUGAAAAAGAAGGCGGAAGCCGCGUCUGAAAUCACUUUCAACGACAAUUUCAUUCAAAUCGGCAACGUUAAGCUGUCGAAUAUCGAUUUACGGAGCAUUGUGCGGAAAUCCGAGGAAAUCUCGUUGGAUGAUGAUUCGGAGACCGAGAAAACUCUCCAAAACGAUCCGGAUUUCAUGAAGUCGCUCGACGAGUACGCGUCGGAAAAAUCCAAGGAAAUCAUCGCCGCCACGGUUUCGUCGGAGAAAAUCAAGGAAUCUCCUCCUCCAGCCGUCAGCUCCGUCAAAAAGGCAGUGAACCUCACAAAGCCCGUCACUCAAAGCAUCAAUAUCCAAGUGAUUCGAAAAGAAGAUCAAUGCCAAAUGGAGAAGAAUAUCAAGAAAAAUGCCAAGAAAUCCGGCAAAAAAUCGGCAAAAUCCGGCAACGGAGAGGUUCUGGUCAACCCGGGAGGCUCCAAUACUCCACAUUUUGCGACUCCGGUGGAUGUGGAGAGUCUUUGGUGUCAGGAGAAGGAUCCGGAUGCGAAACAGCUUCCGUCGUUGCUGGAGAGCAAGCUUUACCUGCAAAAUGCCGAUGUGAUUGCUCGAAAGCUCCUGGAGCCCUCGUUUGCGUACUCCUUCCAAUUCACCGUUGACAUCAAUUUUGUGCUCACCGGAAUCGUUCGUCAGUGCAAAUUCACGUAUUCCGGACGAAACACGUUCAAAUCGUUCAACUACAUGUUCAAGCACAAAUACUGCGAGUCGGAGAAUUUUCAGCUUUUUUAUAUGAACCACGAAGGCCGUUUCAUGGAGGUACACGACACGCUGACCCUCAAACAAAUGCUCAUUGUGCACGGAGCCUUUCCCAAAGGAAUCUACAAUAAUCUUCGAGGAGUCGGCCAGCUAUUGUGUAUUCCGAGAUGUAAUCAGACUGAAGAUGACAUUUUCGAUCGGGAGUCGGAUUUGAUUCUCGGUGCUGCGUUGGCAAAGCUUCUCCAGAACAUGACUCGCCAGGAGGCCCAAAUGAACCAGCACCUGCUCUUCCAAAUGGCUCCGGAUCGCCGCUUCUUCGAGCUCGCCCAGUCGACAGUUCACUACUCGGAAGCCGAGCUCCUGUCAGCCUACAACCAAUACGAUGAGCCCCUCCAACUUGUGCUCUUUUGCCAAAAAACUCAAAGUUCGCAGGAGCUCUUCGAAGAUGCUCGGAAAUUUGAUCCAACUGAGAUUGAGCUGAAAAAUCUUUUGGCCGACCGGUUCCAUCAGCCAUAUGACAAUUGUACCGGGGAGGAGAGCGUGAAUUUGGAGGUCAAGCUCAUUUUGGAGCAUCUGAAGAAGUCGAGAUUCCAGACCAGAAGCGCGCUGGACUAUAUUGAGAAGGCCCUGAGAAAUGAGGCGGUGAAGCUUAUCAAGUCGGGGAAGAGCAAGAAGAAUCAGUAAAUUAUGGAUAUCAUUGUGCAUCGGAGCAAACUUUAUUUAUUUAUUUGUCUUUGUCUGUUUAAAAUGUAUAAUUUAAAUUGAAAUGAAUCUCAUGGAAUUUUU